AUGACAACCAAGACAUCUACAGAAUUCGUCGAACAGGUUGACAUCACCUUGCAACCAGUUGCUGUUGAGGCAGCCAAUGGCGCUAGUCGAAGAGAGAACAAAUUGCGCACCAAAAUCGACUUAUUUGUUGUCCCUACAGUAGCAUUACUCUAUCUCAUGUGUUUCAUCGACCGGGCAAACAUAGGCAAUGCCCGACUCGCUGGAUUUGAAAAAGACCUUAAACUUGAAGGAUACGAUUACAACAUCGUCUUGUCGAUCUUCUACAUUUCAUACAUUCUUUUUGAAAUCCCUGCAACAAUCUGUUGUAAACUCAUAGGCCCUGGUUGGUUUUUACCCGCAACAACUCUCGGGUUUGGCAUCGUUUCAAUCGCCACUGCUUUUGUACGCACGCGCGCACAAGCAUGUGCAGUUCGUUUUCUAUUAGGCGUAUUUGAAGCUGGAUUGAUGCCAGGUAUUGCGUAUUACCUCUCUAGAUGGUAUCGUCGCAGUGAACUUGCCUUUCGCCUUGGGCUCUACAUGACAAUGGCUCCCCUUUCCGGCGCCUUUGGGGGCCUGUUAGCUUCUGGAAUCCUCAAAUUGUCACAUUUCGGGGGGUUGCACCGCUGGGAAAUGAUAUUUGCUGUUGAGGGCAUCAUCACUGUUGGUAUCGCGAUCAUUGCCUUCGGAACCCUGACUGAUAGGCCUGAUACCGCGCGAUGGCUGUCCGAAGCAGAGAAAGAACUUGCUGUGGAUCGCGUCAAAUCCGAGCGUCUCGCUCAAGCCGUCUUGCUGGAUAAAAUUGAUGGCACGAAGCUUAGGCGUGGGUUCACAAAUCCAAUAACCAUCGCUACUUCAUGCAUCUUCAUGCUCAACAACAUCACUGUCCUGUCCAUCUCCUUCUUCCUCCCAAGUAUCAUCAAAACCAUCUAUCCGGGCCGCUCGACUGUACAGAUGCAACUUCUUACCGUACCCCCAUACAUUGUCGGAGCUUUUUUCGUACUAUUGAUCCCGACGCUAAGCUGGAAGUUCGAUCAUCGACAAUUGUUCCUUGCUGUCACUGGGCCUACAGCUAUUGCAGGGUUCGUCAUCCUGCUAGCCACGAUAAACGCCAACGUGCGGUACGGGGCAAUCUUUCUUACUGCCAGUACUGCAUUCACUUUAGGUGCAAUGUGCAAUGCACAAGUUAGCGCGAACGUUUUGAGCGACUCAGCUCGGAGCAUUGCUAUCGGCACGAACGUCAUGUUUGGAAACCUCGGUGGACUCAUCGCAACAUGGACGUAUUUGCCUACGGAUGUGCCGAUGUAUCGCAUUGGUAAUAGUUUGAAUCUUACUUGUGCGGUUCUCUGGACUACGGUUGCUAUUCUUGCAUACUUCUGGAUGAAGUCUGACAACAGGAAGCGGGAGGUGGUGCAUGCAGAAGCGCACGAGAACCUGGAACAUUUAUCAAGGGAGGAGAUUCAGGAUCUUGAAUGGAAGCACCCAGACUGGCGUUGGAAGAUUUGA